AUAUUCCCUUCCUGGUAUCAUUCACACUGCUUCUCUGCAUGAAAAACUAAACACAAGCCUAACACAGUGUGGCAAUGGAGGAAACUGAGUCAACAACCAGAGACAGAACAACAGAACAUGAUGGGAAUCAGGCGGCAGACAACAUGCUACUGAUGUCCAGCAAACCUCUGCAUCGCUUCGUUCAAAAAGAGCCCAAAAGUCUCGGGAUUGCCAUUCUCAUUUUUGGCUGUGCAGAGAUACUGAUGGGAUUUGUGCUGGCCAAAUCAUCUAACUACACUUCUUAUGUAAUCUACACCCCCUUCUGGCAGGGAGCUCUGCUUCUUGUCAGUGGAAACCUGUCCAUCUACACGGAGAUACAUCCAUCGAAGAAGAUGGUGACUGUAUGUUUGGCUAUGUAUGUGGUUUCCCUUUUGGGACUUGUGGUCUCUAUUGGCUACCGGAUUAGCAUCUUUGGCUAUCUCAACUACUUGAGGUCCAGAAGAUUUCCAUACAGCCAUAACCAGCUGUUUGGUAUUGAAGUCAUAUUGUUCACUUCCUCUCUGUGUGUGUCGGUGCUUCUCAUCUUCUUGUGUGCCGUUGCGCGGAUGGCUCUGAAAUCCACACGCACCCAGGUCAUCAUCCAGCACAUCCAACAUCCACUGAGCGAAACAACAUCAAACUAAUCUCAGCCUUUUACGGUAUUAUUCUACAAUUACUAACACUGGUUUCCUGCAGCGCACCUAACCUGUGAACAUGUCCUCAUAGUGUACAGUAAAGUGUAUCACAUGUGGAUGGUCCACCACCUAGUGGCCUAUAAAGCUCAUACGCAUCUAUUUUUUGUUACCUACAUCUGCACUAAGCUUCAUUCUACAGUCUGUGUAACUGCAGUAAAGAAUGCAUUACUGAACCACAUUAUUUUGCUUUUGGUAAAGUUUGCUUCAGAAUCAAAGUGAUUUUUAUAUGGGAGAGGAAAUAUUUGACAUGCACUUAACAUUUAAUACAUGUACUUCCUGUAUGGGUCCUAUAGUAGUGAACACAGUUAUGGUACAAUGUGAAUAAAAGCCUCAAGGAACAGGUCUUUCAUACUGUUACUGAUAUCUAUCAAUUAGGUCAAUUGCAUUCUCUCCAUGAUAAUAUUAUGUCACCUAACAACACUGGUCAGGGUUCAUUGUUAAAGUUUUUAAUGGGUUUUUUUUUUCACUUGCCUGAUCAGGAAUCCACUUGCUCAAAGUCAAUUUUAACUUUUUCCUUUACAAACUAUUUUAGGAUCAAAGUUCAAGGUGCAUUUAGGCGCACAAGUAGUAUGUCCCAAUUAAAUGCAUACUGCUCGCAACAGUCCCUACUUUGUAAGUGCAGCUACAGUAUGUACGAAACGUAAAAAGAAACAUUAUUCUAUUUGGAACGCAGUGUUUGUCUUUAGCCACAAAUUAUUCACCAAUGUGCAACUCUCAACAGGAGAUGACUACGUUUCCUGCAUUAUUAUUACAGUUUGUUCAGUAUAUGGGCAUUGCAACUUUUGAUAAUCAAUGUGAACCUCUGUAUACACUUACCUGCAGAUAUUUUACAGUGGGAUAUAUUUUGCAGACGUGGGCUCCGUGAUUUGUUAACAGGACAGCGCUUGUGUGAUUGCAAUUUAAGAUUUACAGUAUAUUUUGCAUACAUUUGGCUUGGAAUAUUCUUCCAAGCCAAAUGUAUAUGACUUAAUGUAUAUGGUGAUAUGUGUUCAUCUACAUGACUGUGAUAUGAAGAGCCUGCAACUAACCUGUUGCCUUGUGAAUGUGUGCAAAACACAGAUUUAAAUUUAGCUUUAGCUUAUCAGGUACAAUAAAUGUAAUGUAU